GCUCCGCUCAUCCUGCGGCUGGCGGCGCCGCUCCUGGGGCGGGAAGAGGAGGCGGUAGACGCGGUCGGAGAAGAUGUCGGGCCAAACGCUCACGGAUCGGAUCGCCGCCGCUCAGUACAGCGUGACAGGCUCCGCUGUAGCCAGAGCGGUGUGCAAAGCCACCACUCAUGAAGUGAUGGGCCCCAAGAAGAAGCACCUGGACUAUUUGAUCCAGGCUACCAAUGAGACCAAUGUUAAUAUUCCUCAGAUGGCGGACACGCUCUUUGAGCGGGCAACAAACAGUAGCUGGGUGGUUGUAUUUAAAGCUUUAGUCACUACGCAUCAUCUCAUGGUGCAUGGAAAUGAGAGAUUUAUUCAGUAUUUGGCCUCUAGAAAUACACUAUUCAAUCUCAGCAAUUUUUUGGACAAAAGUGGAUCCCAUGGUUAUGAUAUGUCUACCUUCAUAAGGCGCUAUAGUAGAUAUUUGAAUGAAAAGGCUUUCUCUUACAGACAGAUGGCAUUUGAUUUUGCCAGAGUGAAGAAAGGGGCUGAUGGUGUCAUGAGGACAAUGGCUCCUGAGAAACUACUGAAGAGUAUGCCCAUACUACAGGGACAGAUUGAUGCACUGCUGGAAUUUGACGUACAUCCAAAUGAACUAACAAACGGCGUCAUAAAUGCUGCAUUUAUGCUUCUUUUCAAGGACCUUAUCAAACUUUUUGCCUGCUACAACGAUGGAGUUAUUAACUUACUUGAAAAGUUUUUUGAAAUGAAGAAAGGACAAUGUAAAGAUGCUCUAGAAAUUUACAAACGAUUUCUAACUAGGAUGACACGAGUGUCUGAAUUUCUCAAAGUUGCAGAGCAAGUUGGCAUCGAUAAAGGUGACAUUCCUGACCUCACACAGGCUCCCAGCAGUCUUAUGGAGACCCUUGAACAGCAUCUAAAUACAUUAGAAGGAAAGAAACCUGGAAACAAUGAAGGAUCUGGUGCUCCCUCUCCAUUAAGUAAGUCUUCUCCAGCCACAACUGUUACGUCGCCUAAUUCUACACCAGCUAAAACUAUUGACACAUCCCCUCCAGUUGAUUUGUUUGCAACUGCAUCUGCGGCUGUACCAGUCAGCGCUUCUAAACCAUCUAGUGAUCUCCUGGACCUGCAGCCAGACUUCUCCUCUGCAGGGGCGGCAGCAGCCACGACACCAGCACCACCACCACCUUCAGGAGGCGCCACUGCGUGGGGGGACCUCUUGGGAGAGGAUUCUCUGGCUGCACUUUCCUCUGUUCCCUCCGAAGCACAGAUUUCAGAUCCGUUCGCACCAGAACCUACUCCUCCUGCUACAACUGCUGAAAUUGCAGCUACUUCAGCCUCUGCCUCAACUACUACAGCUGUCACUGCUGUCACUGCUGAAGUGGAUCUCUUUGGAGAUGCCUUUGCAGCUUCUCCCGGGGAGGCCCCUGCAGCAUCCGAAGGGGCCACUGCGCCAGCACCCCCGACCCCUGUAGCCGCGGCGCUUGAUGCGUGUUCAGGAAACGACCCCUUUGCCCCGUCGGAAGGUAGUGCAGAGGCUGCACCCGAGCUGGACCUCUUUGCAAUGAAGCCACCUGAGACCAGUGUUCCUGUAGUUACCCCUACAGCUAGCACAGCCCCUCCGGUUCCCGCCAGCACUCCUUCUCCUGCUCCCGCCGUCGCAGCUGCCGCCGCUGCCACUACCGCUGCCACCACGGCUGCCGCCACCACCACCGCCACCACCUCCGCCGCCGCCACCACCGCUCCUCCUGCUCUAGAUAUCUUUGGUGAUUUAUUUGAGUCUGCUCCCGAAGUCGCCCCCGCGCCUAAGCCAGAUGCUGCUCCUAGCAUAGACCUGUUUGGGACAGAUGCUUUCUCCUCUCCACCACAAGGGGCCUCUCCCGUGCCUGAGAGCUCUCUCACUGCUGACCUCCUAUCCGUGGAUACAUUUGUAGCACCAUCUCCUGCAACCACUGCCUCGCCAGCAAAGAUGGAUUCUUCAGGUGUGAUAGACCUUUUUGGGGAUGCAUUUGGAAGUAGUGCUUCUGAACCCCAACCUGCGUCUCAGGCUGCUUCUAGCUCGUCAGCAUCGGCAGACCUACUAGCUGGAUUUGGGGGUUCUUUCAUGGCCCCUUCUCCAUCACCAGUGACUCCUGCUCAGAGUAACCUGCUACAGCCCAAUUUUGAGGCAGCUUUUGGAACCGCGCCUUCAACUUCUAGCAGCAGCUCCUUUGAUCCAUCAGUGUUUGAUGGUCUAGGUGAUCUUCUGAUGCCAACCAUGGCACCAGCCGGGCAGCCUGCACCCAUCUCAGUGGUACCUCCCAGUUCUGCAAUGGCAGCAAGCAAAGCUCUUGGGAGUGAUCUUGACUCAUCUCUUGCCAGCUUAGUAGGCAAUCUUGGAAUUUCUGGUACCACGUCCAAAAAGGGAGAUCUUCAGUGGAAUGCUGGAGAGAAGAAGUUGACUGGGGGAGCCAACUGGCAGCCAAAAGUAGCCCCUGCCACCUGGUCAGCAGGUGUCUCACCCAGUGCACCCUUGCAAGGAGCUGUACCUCCAACCAGUUCAGUUCCUCCUGUUGCUGGGGCCCCGUCUGUCGGACAACCUGGAGCAGGAUUUGGAAUGCCUCCUGCUGGGACAGGCAUGCCCGUGAUGCCUCAGCAGCCUGUCAUGUUUGCACAGCCCAUGAGGAGGCCACCCUUUGGAGCCGCAGCUGUACCUGGCACACAGCUUUCUCCAAGCCCUACACCUGCCACUCAGAGUCCCAAGAAACCUCCAGCAAAGGACCCAUUAGCGGAUCUUAACAUCAAGGAUUUCUUGUAA